AUCACGACAUCCAAUAUCAUAUUUAAUUCCUGGUAUGCGCAGCUCGAGUCAGUCUCUGUCACAGGCUCGCACGACACCGCGCAAGCGUGGAAUCAGCUUACACUCAGUGACCACGCAUAAGUCAAGCAGUGCACUCACUCAAUCGCCUGAGUCACCCUCUAGUUUCUUCAGGGGUGGCUCACAUCGCUCACACGAAAGACUCUCUUCAAAUCGGAACCCGGAUUCAAGACUUUUUAUGACACCAGUUCUCCAUAUCAAUGCGUUUGAGUCGUUCAUCGGGGAUAGUGAAGGUCUAGACAUUUUCAGGACAUGGAUCCAGUCUAAUCAGAACUGCGUGGAGGUCGGACCCAGAGGAAAAAGAGCUAGCUUGGUUAAGCUAGAUCGAUGGAAAGAUGAGCUAGACACCGAAGCUCUACUCCAGCAGCUCAGACAACAGAGUGAAUGGGUUCAUCUUCUCUAUUACAGUUCUCCUCCAAAAGUAAGACUCGCAGACGGAAUGCCUGAUCAAGUUCAUCGGUCCAGCUCCCAGGGCUUGUUAGACCUGAUCAACCUACGGGCAGAUUUGGCUUCUAGUCGGUCUUGGCUUCUGCAGUCCUUGUACGCAGACGAGUUCCAGCGCUUUGUGACGAGUAAACUGGUAAGGCUAACAGCUGCCAGACUGAAAGAAAACGUCUCUGGUGAUUUGGGUGGACUGGGUGAAGCUUUCUUAUUGACCAAUCCAGAAGCGAGCGACAAUCCGAUCGUGAGGGCUUCUCUCGGGUUCAGGUGCCUUGGCCGGAAUUUCCGUUUUCUCUACGUCCGUCAUUUUGUCUCACACGUAAUGCCCGACCUAGUGGCUCAGAUGCUUUCUUUCUGGCAACAGGGACCGGGGACUUCUACCAGCGCGGUGCAACGAAUCAAGAGCGCUAUGGAUUGCCUUCGUCCGCAUACUGAAUUGAUCCUCAGCUAUCGACGAGACGGGACCCCAUUCUAUUGUUUAUUGGACAUCACCCCUAUGGUUGACCUUCGAGGGCGAUCUACGUUUCUGCUAGUAGGACAAGUGUCAUCCGAAUCGCUAGCAAGGCAGACAGAUUACAAGCAGGAUUUUGCAGGAACUCAACAAAACCUGAGCCCUACGGAAUCAGUGGAAAAGGGGAUUGCUGUUUCUAUCCACGAGCCGGUCGAAACUGUCAGGAGACUGUCAGCAGCCUGGAUCGCUUCUCUCAACCGCAAGUCAAAUCAUACGACAGUGUCAAAGAGAUCUCCGGAUCUAGAUGAUCCGAAGCUCGCAGUAGAGCAGGAUCAGAAAAUGACAUCUUCGAAAUCGCAUACGCCAGUGGUAGAGACGACUUACCCUAACGCAAUCGUGUUCAGUCGUCCAUCCCUGAGUAUUGUAUCUGCCUCCCGAGGUGCCUUGAUGCAUCUAGGCAUCAGAACAAACGCAGAGUAUGAUGCCAGUAUGUUUGCACUAUCAAAAAUGAAGAUCACAGACCUUGUUAACGGAUCCACGCCGAAGAUCACGCAAAUCCUGCGAUCCAAGAUCCUUCAAGCGAUCAACAGGGGAGAAGGAGUCUCAUGUACCUGUAGUCUGGGAGGAUUUGUUAACCCCACGCCCAACACCGGGAGCUCGGAUACCGUGCCCUCCCAGAAUCCGAUAUCUAGCAAAGUGCAUCUUACCCCACUAGUGGAUAAGGACGGUGCUUUAUCAUCAUAUGUCGUCAUUGUAGCCUGAAAAGAUUGUGCCGUCCAACACAGAAAUUCCGACAGUAGUCAAACAUAACUAAUAAGAGAAUGAUGUAGCAACCUGUAGAAGCACAGGGAUGGGGUGAUCUGACGUUGUAAGAGGAUAGACAUUCUGAGGGAAAUUGUUGAAAUCUAUUUCAUAGUAGUGUAAUUAGUAGUCCUGCAGCUUUUCUUCUUUUUCAUUGUUCUUGAAAACUUUUGAUAGUCCUUUCAGUCUCGAUUUUAUUCAACGAACUAGUAAACAGUAAAAAUCAAAUG